UGUGUUAGUUAUCAAAGACCACUGAACCCUAGAACGUGUUUGCCUCUACGCAUUGCUCAGUCAAUUCGUGAUCAAACCGAACCGCACACGUUCAAAUGAUAAUGGCUUUAAAUGCUAUAACGCGAACAGCACAAAGGAUAGUUGGGAAUAGUGGAAUAUUACUUUCAUCAAGAAGUAGCAGUCUUUGGACGUCGGAUAAUAUAGUAAAAUCACCACAUAAAGAUGUCGUCAUUCCAAACAGAACCGUGGUGGAGCACGUUUGGGAAGACAUAUUGAAAUGGGCUGACAAAACUGCUCUGGUCUGCGGCGUAACAAAUCGCUCAAUCACUUAUCAACAGUUAUACAAAUAUUCAAGAAAUUUCGCUGCACAACUUCGUACUCAACUUAAAAUUCGAGAUGGGGAUGUUGUUUGUAUCAUGAUGCCAAAUUCUCCGGAAUAUGGUGUGGCAAUGCUAGGUAUUCUGGAAGCAGGUGCCGAAGUAACGACUAUAAAUCCUAUUUACACUGCCCACGAAGUACAUAGACAGUUGGUACUAGCAAAUCCCAAUGUCGUAAUAGGCGUACCUAGUACCAUAAAAGUAUUGAAAGAAGCGUUACAAUUAGCUCAAAAGGAUUUACCAAUCAUUGGCCUCAAUGACGGUACUGGCUUACCAUCCGGAGUUAUAUCUUUCCAAGAGUUCGUGAUAGAUUCGAACCCAGAUCUCAGUGUUUUAAAAGAAGUUAGCAAGAAGCCUGAAGACAUAGCUUUCCUACCAUACUCAAGUGGUACAACUGGCUUGCCUAAAGGAGUAGAAUUGACCAACAGAAAUGUUGUCGCGAACUGCGUGCAACAGGAGUCGGAUCCUAUAAAAUUUUAUAACGAUACGACGAGUUUAAAUCAAGACGCAACCUUGGCCGUGCUUCCAUUCUACCACAUCUACGGCUUAGUCAUAAUACUGCUGCAUAAACUGUCUGCCGGCCUCAAGGUGGUAACGCUGCCGAAAUUUCAGCCAGACUCGUUUCUCUCGACUUUGAAGGAACAUAAGAUACAAUUGCUCUGCGCAGCGCCUCCUAUGGUUCUGUUCCUCGGAUCGCAUCCAGACGUUAAGAAGGAGCAUUUAGAAUCAAUCAAGACAAUUACUAGUGGCGCCGCGCCGCUCCCGAGGAAUGAUGUUCAAAGAGUAUUAGAAAAAGUUCAGCCUGACACGAACUUGCUACAAAUUUACGGUCUCACGGAAACCUCUCCGCUAGCGACAGCUAUGCUGCGAGGAUCUACCGCGUAUUCUACAGCCGGGUAUGCUAUAGCAAAUACCCAGCUCAGGGUCGUCGACUCGGAUUUACGCAGCUUGGAGCCGAACCAGGUCGGUGAACUCCUAAUACGAGGUCCUCAAGUUAUGAAAGGUUACAGAAAUAAUCCAGAGGCUACAAAAGCGGUCAUCACAGAAGGAUGGUUUAGAUCUGGUGAUCUAGCUAGUCUCGGUAAAGACGGAGUUGUUACGAUUGUUGAUCGACUUAAGGAAUUAAUUAAGGUCAAAGGCUACCAAGUACCACCAGCUGAACUAGAAAAUAUUCUAAAAGAACAUCCAGCAGUACUUGAUGCAGCUGUUGUUGGUAUGCCCGAUAAAAAGGCUGGUGAAGUUCCCAAAGCAUUUAUAGUGAAAAAAGAUGGUGUUAAAGUACAACCUGAAGAUAUUAUCAAGUUCGUAGCAGAAAGAGUAGCAGAAUUCAAAAGGAUAAAAGAAGUUACGUUCCUAGACGAGUUACCUAAAAAUCCUUCAGGGAAGAUACUCAGGAGGGUUUUGAAAGACAAAUAUUGUUGACAAAGACAAAAUUUAUCUAUAUUUCAAAAUAUUGAGUGCAAUAUUCUUUAAGAUAAAAUGUGAUUCAUAAU